GUCGCCUGACCCUCUCUCAAACCCCAAAGAUCCCCAAUCUUAGAGCGCGUUCCGAUCGCCUUUAUGGAUCGCCGGCCCCUGCCGCCGCCCGCAGUCGCCGUGGACAUUUCGUCCCCUUCUCCCUCGCCGCGUCGUCCCAAGAAGAGGCAGCAGUUGAAACUCGGGGGAAGCGGAGGGCCGCCUCCGACCCUUGUCGUCAUCGACGACGACCUAACCCCUCAGAAGGCCGACGCCACCCGCACCCCCUCCUUUGUUGCCGAGACGCCCCUCUCUCCUGGCUUCGCCUUCGAUUCUGAUCCUUCUGUUGUCAAAUGCAGCCUUUCCCGUGCCAAAUUCGGAAAUGCUUCCUCAGAUAAAUUCGCCGGAAUUACUGGGUUGAUUUGUUUGGAAUCUGAUAAUGAGUCCGAACUUGGUGCACAUUUGGUAAAUGUGAGCAAACAAGAUACCACAAGUGCUUUAUCUACACCACCCGAGCAUGCUGGGACAGAUUUAAGAUUCCACAGAGCUGUAGAUCUAAAAGUUUCAGGAGCAGAAAAGGAUCAUGACACAUUAUGUUUCCCAAUUGAUGAUGCAGUUUCUGACAGCUACUAUAAGAACAAUAAAGAUAUUAUACAGGAUGGUAGACAUGGAGUGAUUGAUGACUGCAUUGAUGCCACCUCCAGUUUCGUACAGAUUGUUGGUGCCAGUCCUCUGCAUGGUUGCUGCAUGGCUAAAGAAGCUCUUCUGCAGACUGGAAACCACAGUGAUGAUCAGGAUUGCAUGUUUGAUAAAGAAGAUUUCACUGGAGAUCAGAACCGCAAAGGUGUCAUAGUUGAUGCUAGGAAAAACCACAAAACUGAGGCUGAUGAAAGAAAAAAGAAACUCAAAGAAGAGAAACGUCAUUUACUUGAAGAAAGAAAACGACAGAAACAGCAAGAGAAAUUGAAGAAAGAAGCUUUGAAAUCUGAAGCAGCAGAAGCAAAGAAAUUGGAGAAGGAGAAGCAAAAAUGGGAAAAAGGGAAAUUUGCAUUAAAGUCUAUCUUGGCUGAGAUUGAUGUUAAAGUUAUCGAAAACGGUUCUGUUGGUGGGCAUCUUCUCACUAGGUUUGCAGAGAAAGGUCUAUCUUUUCGUGUAACCUCAAAUCCGGUUGAAAGAUCAAUCAUGUGGAAAAUGAAUGUACCUGAUCAUAUGGCAAAGCUUUCCUCUCUUGGAUCAGAAGUGCCAUACAUACUACUUGUGUCUGAGGCAGAGGAAUUUUGUGACCUUGUAAUCACUGAAUCCUUCUUUGACAGCAUUCAUAGAGUCCAAAGUCAGUACCCAACUUUCACGAUAUGCUAUCUUAUUAACAAACUAACGAGUUACAUAAAAAAAUGUGAACAAAAUCAAUACAAAAAUCCAUCAAAUGCUAGCUGUUGGAAAUGCCCACCUGUUGAGGAGAUUUUGUCAAAGUUGACGACUCAUUACUCAAACGUGCAUUCAAGGCAAUGCAUAGAUGAAGCAGAAUUAGCAGAACAUGUUGUUGGCUUAACAUGUAGCCUUGCCAAUUGCCAGUUUAGAAAGAAGUUGACUUGGCUGUCAGUACAUGCUAACGGGUCCAUUGUUCCGAAGGAUUUCAUUGACAAGAAUCUGACUAAAAAGAGUGUCUGGUUGAAAGCACUAAUAGCCAUUCCCAAAGUGCAACCAAGACAUGCUGUUGCCAUUUGGAAGAAGUAUCCAACUAUGAGAUCCCUUUUGAAUGUAUACAUGGACCCAAAUAAAUCGGUCCACGAAAAGGAGUUCCUGCUUAAGGAUUUGAUGGUUACAGGGAUCGUGGGAACGGAAGACAGGCGGCUAGGUGAGAUUUGUUCAAAGAGAGUGUACAGAGUUCUUAUGGCACAAACUGGAGGCAUAAAAACUGAUGAUGUCGAGGAAGGAGCGGACUUUUUUCACUGUUGAUUCUGCAUUCGUAUGCCGAUCAAUGUGAUGACUUCUUCGAGAUCGAUCAUAGAAGCUAUGAUGGAUAUGUUUCUAAUUAUAAAGAAAAAUGAGUGUUUUUAAGUAGGAGAUCGAGUGCUACAUUUGACUUCUACCCUUUUGUUUUAUGGAGUGGUUCGUAUAUUAAAUUCGAAGAUUCAUAAUGUGAAGGGAUAGCAAUUUCUAGACUCUAACUUGAUGGAGGAAUCUGCGGAUGCAGCACAUAAUAAUGUGGU